AUGCCACUGAUAAAAAAAGUAAUAUUCCCCUGCUAUCAUUUAUGUUUUCCAGGAAUUUAUAGAAUUAUCAUAAUGAAUGAUGGAUGGAUAGUACAGAUAAUUAAACCGAUUAAGCUGGAGCAAACAAAUGAAAUUUCAAUAAGCCUACCAAGACCGUAUAUCUUUCCUCGUUGUUUGGAUUAUCUGAGAAUAACAUGGACUAAUUUAUCAUGUUCAAUUCAGGAUUUAGAAUUUAAAAUGCGUGUUUUUGCUGUUCCGGAAGGUUCCAAUUUCGAGCAAUCAUACUAUAUGGAAGAAUAUGAUAUCGAGUUAUCACAACAAGCACUCGAAUUACCAUGUUAUCAGUUUGAUAUCAUUUAUGCGCAAUUUUGUUUUGAAAUUGUAUCAGUGCAAAAAUUUACCGCACGUUUCAAUGAAUGGGCACAACAAUGCGUCUACACUGAAAAUUGUUAG